GGCUGCAUGGUGCUGAUUUGGAGCAGCUGGUAAUGACUGCAAGAUCUAAGCUUUGAGUUCAGCGGCGCAGAGACACCGUCACAUCACUGACUGAAAGGAGGCGGCUUUUGUGUCUGAAUCAGCAGAGAUUGCAGAUGAGGUGCCGCUAUUGUCUUUUCAUGUGAAACCGAGAUGCUGUUGAGAGAGUGAAGUUUGGAUCUAAAGCCAAGUCAACUUUCAUUUGGAUCAUGAUGAAAUAUGUGCAUGUAGUUGCACAGUGAGGCAGACUUCAUUGAACGUAAUGGAGGCUCAGUUUGGCCUAGGCUAAGGCAUCUCUGAUCUUCUCUCCUCCUUUACACUCUCUUGCCCUCCUCUCAUUCACUCGAGAGGAGGGGUACAUUAUCUCCUGUACCACCCUUGACAGCAAACAGUGGUUAAUUUCAAACGUAAAGAGGCAAACACUCUGAUUCAAGCAAACAAUCGGGUGCCGAUGAAGUCCCGCCAGACAUUGAAGGAGGAGGUGUCCGGCUCAGAGACAAUGUCGCAAGAGGAGGGGCAAAUGACUCAAUCCUCCCAAACGUACUUCCACAACGCCUCCGCUCCCGAUGCAGAGCUAUCGGCGAAACUGUACAAGCGAGAAGCCGCUGCCAAACCGUACUCUGUGGUCAUUGACAACACGGUGGCUGUGAGGCCAGAGUCGCAUAUGUCCUCAGACCUGAAUACCCAUCCUGCCCCGACUCAACCGUUUUACCGGGAAGGGUCCGGAGCAGCUGUGACGAAGAGUGGAAAUGGAGGGACGUCAGAAGAUUCUGAAGCUGAAGAGGGAGCCGGGGCAGAGGACGAAUUUAAACGAGGGCAGAUCAUCGUAGAGGUCAACCUCAAUAAUCAGACUCUGCACGUAUCCAAAGGAGAUGAUGCGGAAAGUAUGAACACUGCAGGAGAUGACAAGAGCAAUAGUGAGGAAGAAGAAGAUGAUGAUGAUGAUGAGGAGGAGGAGGAAGAAGAAGAAGAUGACAGCAUUGAAGAAGACUACAGCGAUGAGGACGAUCAAGAUGAAGAGGAGGAGAACAACAAUCGGCGAACAAGAGCACAACGGGCGCACAGGGGUAGAGCAGCUUCUUCGCCGCGUCGCAAGAGUCGUCGCGUAGCCCCUUCGUCGACAGGAAACGUAACCACAACGAACGCCAGUGUGACAACCAGGGGGCGGAGGAAGAAUGCAAACUCCCCGCGCCAAAAGCGUAGACCUGCCAAGGAGGCCAAAGGCUCCACCGCCUCUGCCUCUGGAGCCAAGGGAGAGGGUGAGGAGAAAGAGACGCUAGUGUGUGAAAAAUGUCCACGUGUGUUCAACACCCGCUGGUACCUGGAGAAGCACAUGAAUGUGACACACAGACGCAUGCAGAUCUGCGACAAGUGCGGAAAGAAGUUCGUGCUGGAGAGUGAACUCGCUCUUCACCAGCAGACGGACUGCGAGAAGAACAUCCAGUGUGUGUCAUGUAAUAAGUCCUUUAAGAAGCUGUGGUCCCUCCACGAGCAUAUUAAGAUUGUCCAUGGAUUUGCAGAGAAGAAAUUUGCCUGUGACAUUUGUGAGAAGAAAUUCUACACCAUGGCCCAUGUCCGUAAGCACAUGGUUGCUCACACAAAGGACAUGCCAUUUACCUGUGAAACCUGUGGAAAAUCUUUUAAACGCAGCAUGUCUCUGAAAGUGCAUUCACUGCAGCAUUCAGGAGAGAAGCCCUUCCGCUGUGAGAACUGCGACGAGAGGUUCCAGUACAAAUACCAGCUGCGGUCUCAUAUGAGCAUUCACAUAGGACACAAGCAGUUUAUGUGCCAGUGGUGUGGCAAAGACUUCAACAUGAAGCAGUAUUUCGAUGAGCACAUGAAGACACACACAGGUGAGAAGCCAUUCAUCUGUGAGAUCUGUGGGAAGAGUUUCACCAGUCGGCCCAAUAUGAAGCGGCACCGGCGCACACACACCGGGGAAAAGCCGUACCCUUGCGAAAUCUGCGGCCAGCGUUUCCGCUUUUCCAACAUGCUUAAGGCGCACCGAGAGAAGUGUUUCCGGGUCACCAGUCCGGUGACCCUUCAGCCUGCCAGCAUGGGGCUUUCCAUUCACCUUACCAGCCACACCCCUUCUUCAAGCCACACCCCAACACCAACCCAGCCCGCUCAGUCAACGCCCGUGGGCCCCGUAAUGAUCAGUCCUGCCACGGGAGGGCCUCUGCCGCAACGUGCGGUCACCGUUCAUGGCUUCUCUCAUUUGCACAUGCAGACCGUGCCCGCACAACAUCACCCUGCCCACACUCACACUCCUGUCCAUCACACAGGACACGCCCCCAUGACGAGCCACGCCCCUCAGCCAAUCUCAGUGCAGCCUUCUGUCCUGCCUCCUCCCCCCGCCCUAUUUAAGAGCGAGCCAAUAAACCACUGCGCCCACGAGGACGCCUACCUGCGACAGGGCGCUGCUCCGCAACACCACUGAAACACUCUCUUGAACACAAACUCACGAAUGUGAAAUCAGGUGCUUGCUGGAGAAUAGGGCGGACAGACUGACGUCACACAUCGGUUUAAUUCUCACCGGAAUCGGAAACCGGUGAAAUGCAACAUGUAUGUAUGUGUAUGUGUGUGUGUGAUACAAAACUGAAACUACAAACCUAAUUGCCACUAGCACUCGUGACCAAACAGGAUUGUUAGACAGCUAAUCUCUGUGAACUGAUCUCAAGAACUUCAUAAAGCAUUACUAGGAUUCACUUCACAUCACUUCAAACUCUUGUCACAAUGAUCAAGAUGCCAUUGGGGUUUCAAUGGCACAACACAUUUCUUUCUCUUUCUCUGCCUCUUUAUCGACUCAGCUGCUUUUGCAAAGGUUCUACGGGUUCAAACGUCCACAAGUUAAAGGUCUACAUUUCACAAAUGCAGUGUCUUUAGAAAUGCAGGUCUUCCCGACAACUGAAAAUAUUCAUAUUCUAGUACACAAGUCUUCACACAAACAUAGUAUACAGCACUUAAGCAGUAAACUCAGUGUAGUCUAUAUGACUGAAACUUUUCUGUUGCCUGAUUGUGAUUGUCAGUGAUUUUAUUAAAAUAUUUGAGUUUUCUUUCUUUUUUUAAUUCAAUAAAAAUAUGCUUACUGGGUAAUGCCUGUAGCUCUCCGGCGUGUUCAGUCGGAGGUUGAGACUGUUAAGGAAGACCGAUGCUGUGAUGUGUCGUAGGUAGACUGCAACUAAUGGUGAAAAAAAGAUCAUUAAUUAAUUUUACUGUAUGUUCCAUACAAUCUAACUCACUUAACCAAUAUUUUUAUUUGUAUAAUGUAGAUAAACAUGCUCUGUGAGACUUUAAAAAUGAAAAAAGUGUGUGUGUGUGUGUGUGUGUGUCUUUGUAGCUGAUCAUAUGCCUGUGGUGCUGGUAUCAAAAGCUGCUUUUUAGUUGCUCUGUCUUUUCCUGGUACAUGGUUCUUUAUCAUGCUGAUGAGUAGUGUGUGUGUGAGAGAGAGAGUGAGUGAGUGAGUGUUAAAAUGGUGGCGUUAGGAGCAGCACAGAUAAAGUGAUGGGAAGUCUUGAGUCAAUCAGACUUGAUUGAUUGUGAUUUUUUUUUGUCCUCUCAUUAGACCAUCUGUCCUCUGCACUUUACUGACAAGUAAAAGGUUUGCGUAACUGACAAAGAAUUGUUUAUCACGUGUCUGACACGUGAAAGAUGGCUGACUGUUGGAAAAUGGGGAGAAUCACAUGGGGAUUUGGUUGGGAUCCCUUGUUAUACAUCAAAUAAUUAGUUUGUCCUAUAAGAAGUUGUGUUUUGCCUUCAUGCCCUGCCCUCUUUACCUGAGACAUACUGUCAUCGGUUCAGAUGGCUGUCAGUCAUGUCCUUUUUUAACUGUGUUUUGGGCUACUUGGAUUCUCUCCAUUCACCAUCAGUUGAUGGAAUGCACUUUCUAAUAAAACCUUACUAGAUAAGAAAAAUAAGCAGACGAUAAUAAUGUCUAUUCUUGUGAGGUGUUUUUAAUCAUAUCUCUUCUCAGCUAGUCUUUUUCAACCUGUCUAUCCUCUCAAUUUCAGCAGUGUUUUAUUCUUAGCCUUGUUUCUGGUACAGAAACGUCUGACCUUCAUUAAGUUCUGUUUUAUAUUGUUUUCCUGUUUUUGAGACACCAUGUUUGACCUGCAUUAAUGUUGGGCCUUUUUUAUAUUGUGCAUUUAACACUUUCUGCUAACUUUAAACUAGUAAAA